CCACCGCGAUUGGCAAGUAGAGGGGAGAGGAGUGUCAAGAAAAUUCCCAUUGCAGCGGGAAAAUUUUCCGAUGUAAUCGGACCGAACCCAAAUCGUGCAUCCGAAAUCCCUUGUCUGCAACCUUUUUCUCUCUCUUCUUUCCUUCUUUGGCUUUUUCGUUUCAAUUUUUUUUGUGUCUGAGCUUGCGGUUUCUUCCCACCUUCGUUUCCCAAUUUCCCUUCUCCACUAUUUGAUUUCCCUGUGAAGUGGGAGCUUCAAUUUUCUCUUUCUCUUUCCCGUUUCACCAAAAUUUCCCUUUUUUCUUCGAUCCCCCACAGUUAGCAUUCAAAGAUCGUAAAUUAUUGCAAGAUUAAUUGAACCCCAUUUUGGAAUUAAUGGGUGUCUCCUUCAAAAUCUCGCAGAAGGGUAAAAGGUUUCGUUCAAAGCCUUGUAUUACCCAAUCUGGGAGCACUGCCCUUGAUGACGACGACUCUAAGGAUGGGUCGAGGGUUCUAUCGAAGAACGAAUCUUCUCUUGCUCGAAAACUUGAGGGUGAAGAAACUGAAAGAAGUGGGGAUGUAAAUGGGGUGACUGGGUCUUCUUUAGGUCGUCUAAUUCCAGAGAAUGGAGUUUCCUUCACAUUAAACCUGUUUCAAGAUGGAUAUUCUAUCGGAAAGCCAUCAGAGAUUGAGCCUACGCACCCUAGUACUCUACAAGACAAUUCAAAGUUGUUGCUUCCUUAUGACAGGAAAUCUGAAAAUUUGUUUUCGGCUAUUGAAUGUGGCUGGUUGCCUGGAGAUAUUCUUGAUGACAUACCUUGCAAAUAUUUUGAUGGCACAAUUGUUUGUGAGGUGCGAGAUUUUCGUGGACGCCUUCCUGAACCGGGUCCUGGUGCUCAAUCGACCGAUAGAUUACCUACUGUCCAUAAGAUACAUCUUAGGUUGUCCUUGGAAAAUGUGGUAAAAGAUAUUCCAUUAAUUUCAGAUAAUUCAUGGACCUAUGGUGAUCUGAUGGAAGUGGAGUCCCGGAUUCUGAAGGCAUUGCAACCACAACUUAAUCUUAAUCCUGCUCCUACGUUAGAUAGGCUUUGUAACAGCCCAGUUCCUAUGAAGCUCAGCUUUUCUCAGUACAGCAAGCAGAGGAAGCGAUUGAGACAGCUUUCAGAAGUAUCUAUCUCAUCUAAUAGUAGGUAUGGAAAGAAGAUUUGCAUAGACAGAGUACCCGAAAGUUUUAAUACCAGACUGGGAGAUUCAGGAGUCGUUUCUGGAAAUUUGAAUGCACCUGAUAAUGUAGCUGGUCAAAAUAUGAGUUUAAAUGAGAUGAUAGCAUCAAGACCAAAGAACCUUACUUCAGAUGCUUCUCUUCCAGCACAAUCUGCAGUACCUGUAUCUCAAUCUAGGUAUUCUAUGGGCAGUGGAACCCCAAGAGGUAUGCUUGAUCAAGCGGGUGGGUCAGUUCUUAAUCCAUCUGGUGUUUCCCCUAGUGGGCAAGAAAUGAUCUCAUAUGCGGAUAAUUUGAACCCUAAUGUCUCUCUUCAUGCCAAGAGGGAAACUCAAGAUGGGCAAAUGUCACCCUUGCCCAGUUUUAACAAGAGAUCAAGGCCAUCUCUUAUGGGCAUUGAUGGAAUUCAACCGCACCCAUUGGCGUCUAUGGAAAGCCCCCAGGGAUCUGACAUGAAUUGGAAGAAUAUGUUGCAACAGCAAGCAAUAGCAAGAGGUAUUCAGUACUCCAACCCAGGAGUUCAAAAAUUUUCUCCACAGAUGUUUGAAGGAGUCCUGAAUCAGGAUUCUGUGCAAAUACCGUUUGCUACAGGACAGUCAGCUAUGCGAUAUGGAGCCAAGGAAGAGCAGUUUGAUUCAGAAAAGAUGGAUGGAUCUGACCUUAGUCGUAGCAAACCUGAUAUGCAGAUGAUGGAAACAGAAAACCAUCAAGAUCCUCAGCACCCACGGGUUCAGCAAAGACCUCCACAGCAAGCAUUUGUGAGAUCUAAUCCCUCUCAACCUCCUUGGAAUAAUUUUGGUCAGCAUAUUGAGAAGGAAACAAGAAAGGAGGACCAACUAUCAAAAAGAAAAUCAGUUCAAAGUCCUCGUGUAUCAGCAGGAGCUAUGGCUCAACCAUCCUUAUCAAAAUCAGGGGAAUUCUCUAGUGGCUCAGGUGGGCCACACUAUGGAGUGCCUGGAAAUAUUUCUGCACUUGCAUCAGGACAAAAGGAUAAGCCUGGGGUUAAUCCCGUUUCUCAUGUUUGUGGAACUCCAUCCUUGACUUCCAGUGCUAAUGAUUCAAUGCAAAGGCAACAUCAGGCCCAAGCUGCUGCAAAGCGAAGAUCAAAUUCCCUCCCCAAAACCCCAGUAAUCAAUGGAGUUGGAUCUCCUGCUAGUGUUGGUAAUAUGAGUGUUCCCCUGAAUGCAAACAGUCCUUCAGUUGGAACCCCACCUUUUGCUGAUCAAACCAUGAUUGAAAGAUUCUCAAAGAUUGAAAUGGUGGCUGCCAGGCAUCAGCUCAACCUUAAAAAGAGUAAGGUCAAUGACUAUCCUAUUAGAAAACCAAGUACAUAUUCAGCUCACGAUGUUGCGACCCAUCUGGCAAACUCAUUUAUUAAUGAUGAUUUAAAAGAUGAUGCUGGUCCAAGGAAGAUGUCAAAGUCCCUUAUUGGUGGCAGCUUAAAUGCCUGCAAAAGAAGGGUGUUAACUUUUAUGUUGCAAGAUCGUACACCUCAAGGAAUGGUUUCAUAUGUUUCUAGGUUACGAAGUAGAGUAAUCCUUUCAGAAAAGCCCAAUGAUGGAACUGUAGCUCUUACCUAUGAAGAUAUAGAUGAUAGCAUUUUUCUUGCUAUUGAGGAUUGUCUUCCGACAUUGCCCAAUACUCUUUCGGCAGAUUUACUUGCUGACCAAUUAUCUUCCUUGAUGGUUCAUGAAGGAUAUGAUCUUAUUGAAAAUAUUAUUCAACUUAGGCCGACCCGGAUGAACUCAUCCCCAAACAGUCAAUCAAAUGCUACUGGUCAUCCUCAUAUUAAUCCAGCAGCGGAAAUGCAGAAUUAUGGAGAAGCUUUUCCAGGUCAAACAUCCAAUGAAGUUCUGAAGCCUAGUGGUAGCGGUAAUGCCUCUCUGCUCAACUCCUCCCAUAGUCUUCUAGGAAAUGCAAGAAUAUUGCCUCCUGGAAACCCCCAGGCAAUGCAGAUGUCUCAAGGAAUUUUGGCAGGGGUUUCUUUACCUGCAAGGCCGCAACAGGUGGAAGCCCAAGCUUCGAUGCUGCAGCAGCAACAACAACAACUGCAGUCAUCACAGCAGCAGAAUCAGCAAAACCUUAUUCAACCACAGCAUCAACAGUUUCAGAGAUCAGUGGCGCUUGGAACAAACCCGCUCUCGCAUUUGAAUGCCAUUGGUCAGAAUUCUAAUGUUCAAUUGGGCGCUACCAUGGUAAACAAGUCGCCCAUUCCACUUCACCUAUUACAGCAGCAGCAACAACAAUCACCAUUCCAGAGGAAAAUGAUGGGAACUGUGGGUAUGGGCAACAUAAACAAUAACAUUAUGGGAAUUGGAGGCCUUGCCAGUUCAAUGGGUGUAGGAGCUAGCAGAGGAAUAGGAGGAACUGGACUACAAGCACCCAUGGGUUCUAUUCCUGCCAUGGGCAAUGCAGGUCAAAAUCCAAUGAACUUAACCCAGGCAUCUAGUUUUAACAACACUCUCAGUCAGCAAUUUCGAGCGGGAACACUAACACCUGCCCAGGCACAAGCUGCUGUCCAGGCACAAGCUGCUUAUAAAUUCAGGAUGGCGCAGAACCGAGGCAUGCUUGGUGCUGCCUCUCAAUCAACAAUAACUGGAAUCCCAGGAGCAAGACAGAUGCAUCCAAGCUCAGGUGGACUUUCAAUGCUUGGACAACAAGCUCUGAACCGUGCUAGCUUGACCCCGAUGCAACGAGCUGUAGUUCCUAUGGGUCCUCCAAAGUUGAUGCCAGGAAUAAAUCCAUACAUGAAUCAACAGCAGCAGCAGCUACAACAACAAAUACAACAGCAACAACAAAUGCAACAGCAGCAGCAGCAACCACCUCAGCAGCAGCAGCUACAACAGCAUCCUGAAACAACUACACCACUUCAGGCUGUUGUUUCACCACAGCAGGUGGGGUCACCUUCAACCAUGGGAGUUCAACAACUCAACCAACAGCAGCAACAACAGCAACAACAGCAGCAAUCUGCUAGCCCGCAACAAGUGAAUCAGAGAACUCCAAUGAGCCCACAGCAAAUGAGCUCAGGGACAAUCCAUGCCCUUAGUGCUGGCAAUCCCGAAGUUUGCCCGGCUAGCCCGCAGUUGAGUUCACAAACCCUUGGUUCAGUCAGUAGUAUUGCAAAUUCUCCGAUGGACAUGCAAGGUGUCAACAAGAGUAACUCUGUAAAUAAUUCAUGAAGCAGAAUUCUUUAGAGGCGAUUAAUUAGAUGAUUUGUUUACUCUUUCUAGUUUUUCAUAAACAUUUAGGAAUGCGUAACUAUAGAAGUACCAGAUCAUCGAUAUGUAGGAGAUUGUUACUUGUCCUUAGCUUGUAAGGGUAGAGGAUUUCAAAAUCUGUACUGUUCAAUGUAGAAAAUUUUCAUGACAGUUCGAUAUUUAGAAUCUACAGUGAUUCACUCACUCCAUGUAACUGGCAAUGUAUGAGAUAAAACUGUCUUUGCAAAGUUUUUGUUUCUGGAUGAAUGAAUUGAGCAAUUACUACC